UUUAAGGAUUUUGUGGGACAAAAACAUGCUGAAUAUUUAUUUAGAACCAUUAUUACUAUGUGCGGGUUUGUUGGUUUUAUUUUGGGUUAUGUAAAAGAGCAAUUUUCAAUCACAAUUGGUCUAACAUUAAUUGGAUUUGUUGUUUCUGCUUUACUGACAAUUCCACCUUGGCCUUUUUAUGCUCGUAAUCCACUCAAAUGGCAAAAAGUAAAGAAAGUUAAGAAAAUUGAAAAUAACCUUACCUAUGAUGAGUACAAAGAAGAUAAAAAGAAAGAAAAAAAGAAGAUAAAGUGAAC